AUGAAGGAGAAGUCUAAAAAUGCGGCCCGGACGCGACGGGAAAAGGAAAACAGUGAGUUUUAUGAACUGGCCAAGCUGCUGCCGCUGCCCUCCGCCAUCACCUCCCAGCUGGACAAAGCCUCCAUCAUCCGGCUGACAACAAGCUACCUGAAGAUGAGAGUGGUGUUCCCUGAAGGCCUGGGGAGGUCCUGGGGUCAUGUUAGCCGCAGCAGCUCUCUGGAUGGACUCGAGGAAUUAGGCUCCCAUCUCUUACAGACGUUAGAUGGCUUCAUUUUUGUGGUCGCUCCAGAUGGGAAAAUCUUGUACAUAUCAGAAACAGCAUCAGUCCACUUGGGCCUGUCGCAGGUAGAGUUGACAGGAAAUAGCAUCUAUGAAUAAUCACCAGCAGACCAUGAUGAAAUGACAGCUGUCCUCACAGCACACCAGCCUUACCACUCCCACUUUGUUCAAGAGUAUGAGAUGGAGCGUUCCUUCUUUCUGAGAAUGAAGUGUGUCCUUGCUAAAAGAAAUGCCGGUCUUACCUGUGGAGGUUACAAGGUGAUCCAUUGUAGUGGCUACCUGAAGAUCCGGCAGUACAGCCUGGACAUGUCUCCAUUUGACGGCUGUUAUCAGAACGUCGGGCUGGUGGCUGUCGGGCACUCGCUGCCGCCGAGCGCCGUCACUGAGAUCAAACUGCACAGCAACAUGUUCAUGUUCAGAGCCAGUCUGGACAUGAAACUAUUCCUCGACUCACGGGUUGCAGAGCUGACAGGCUAUGAGCCUCAGGAUCUAAUUGAGAAGACUCUCUAUCAUCAUGUCCACAGCUGUGACUCCUUCCACCUCCGCUGUGCUCAUCAUUUGUUGCUGGUCAAAGGUCAGGUCACUACAAAGUACUACCGUUUCUUGGCCAAACACGGCGGCUGGGUCUGGGUUCAGAGUUAUGCAACCAUUGUCCACAACAGCCGCUCAUCCCGACCUCACUGCAUCGUCAGUGUCAACUAUGUUCUCACGGAGACAGAAUAUAAAGGUCUCCAGCUUUCUCUGGACCAGGCCACGUCCAAGGCCUCUUUCCCUUACAGCAGCAGCAGCACAAGCAGCCUCACGGACAACUGCAGAACACCCAAGAGCAGAGUAUCACGGCCCAAGACCAAAGCCAGGCUCUCGCCAUACAUCCAGUAUUCUAGCUUCCAGACAGAGCAAUCAGAAUCUGGACAGGAUAGUCCAUGGGGCAGCAGCCCCCUCACAGACUCAGCCUCCCCUCAGCUGCUGGAGCAGACUGAAGGAGUGGAUGCCUCCUGUGUGUACAGGCAGUUCUCAGAUCCUCGCACACUUUGCUACAGCCUCACACCAGAGGACCAGCAUCACAUCACCAGCAACAGCCACACACACUUUCGUGUACAUGGUCAAGGUCAGGGUUGCGAGCGGGGUCGAUGUGAGGCGGGUCGAUAUUUUUUAGGAGCUCCUCCACCAGGCAGGGAGACAUGGUGGGACACUGCCCGCUCCAUUAUACCUCUGAGCAAGAGCUCCUUGGAGACCUAUGAAGGAUAUGACAGCAGCAUGCCACACAUCACAGCCGUACACACCUACCACGGUAGGAGCCACUGGGAGGAGGAUAGCGUGGUCAGCUCACCAGAUGGAGGCUCAGCCAGUGACUCAGGGGACCGGCACCGAGCUGAUCACUAUCGCUGCAGCCCACAGGAGCCCAGCAAGAUUGAAACGCUGAUCCAAACCACGCAGCAGAUAAUCAAGGAAGAAGAAAGUCGAUUGCAGCUACGCAAAGGCCCCCAGGACACCACACUGGGGCCAGCAAAUCGGCUGCCCAAGGGACCUGAGCCGUGCUUUAUGCCUGAGUAUACUCAAGGGCCUCUGCCUUUACAGACCAUGUUGUGUCGAGGUUUGAGUCAGGUAAUCAGCCCCACACCUAGCCCAGACCCUCAAUCCAAGCUCAGCAGUCCAGGUUCUGAGUGUCUCAAUAAGCCCAAAGACUACCUCCAGACAGAACUGCCCCCCUUUUCUUUGCAAUUACAUGCUUUUGGUCGGCCGGGGGCAUGCUCAGGCUCCCCAACGCCAGCCCCAGCCCUCUAUCCCUCCCACACACACCCGCGGCCCUACUUGGACAAGCAUUCAGCAUAUUCCCUAACAGGCUACGCUCUAGAGCACCUGUAUGAUUCAGAGAACCUCCGGAGCUACUGCACCUCCACCAGCACCGGCCCCACGCACUACGAUCACUUCCGCAUACCAGCAGAGCAGACCACGGGACGCAAAGGCACCUCUGUCAUUAUUACUAAUGGAAGUUAACACUUAUCUGACACACAGUAGAGAGCCAUUUUUAUCCAGUAGUCAGUUUUUCCAUGAUACCAAUGAAUUCUGUUAAAUCUCAUUUGGUUGCUUUCUAAAAUGUCAUAUUUUAAAAAGGGAACUCCUGGCUCACAGAGUUGAAACACCGCCUGUUUAGUUAAUGCCAGUUUGUUGCAGACUUUGAUACAAAUUAUUUGCUUUUCUCUGGUCCAAAAUCAGGUUCACAAUUUAGAGUUAAAAGAUAUUCUGAGCUUAUCUGAACACCAACAAACUAGACCUACAAAAUGAGGCCGUGAGCCGUUCAUGAGCAGUGAUCUGAAUCUGCUUAUAUCCACUGGAGUAUCAGACAUAUUUACACACAGGCUUACAUCCAUGGUCAAAUUGCAGUACAGUUAGAUUUAAUGCAGUCUGAACCCAACCCUUGACUUGAAUCCCAACUUGGUUCAGGCACAAGAAACCAAGUGGGCCUGUAAUCUCUGUCUGGAUAGAAAAUGGAUGGAGUAGUUUUCCUUUUGAUUUUGCUUUAGCAUCACAUCCUGUUUCUGUCUCAGUUUCAUUUGUUCGUAUGGUGUUAUUGAACUGUGUAGCCUUUUGCACUAUCAGAGAUAGAAUUCAUGUCCUCCUUGUUUUUAAUGCCACUGGUGAGGAGAUGUCACAGGGCUAGGUUGGGUCAGUGAUGCAGGGGAGACUUGGAGCAAAGACUCAUCUGAAACUUCACAGAUUAAUAUGCAAAGCCAUUCUCUACAUGGUUGUUUUCCACUCACUUUGUGCUCACUUGAAGGAAUUUAAUGCCUGUCGUGUUCACAUGUUGAAUUUGAUUGUCCAGUGAGGACAGUGGACACAUGUUUGACUGGGUGACACAGGAUCAUAGUGGAGGGAAAAUAUUUGAGUUGCAAACACUAAAGUCUGCCUGAAUGGAUGCACAGGACACGUGGAAUCUUUUCCCACUCGUAUUUCCUCCAGUGUUGAGUGAUUUCAGGAUGAUUUAUGGAGGUGACCAUAUGCAAUUUGUUUGGAUGCCAGGUCAGUCAGCUAAAUUGCAUCAUUCACUUUGUGGAUCCCUGAAGCAACUGUUGCUGCAAUUACUGUUAUGUGGACAUAUUUGCACAACAAGAUUCAAGUUUGGUUAUUUGCGUCCUCUUCGGUCCUAAGAUGAACCUAUAUUUAUACCAGUUUGAUUUUUUGGUUUUUGUUUAGUCAGAGCCUGAAAUGUGCUUAAUUUCUUAAUGUUAUUUAUAGUGUACUGUAAAUAUGCUCCAAAAAAGAAGAUCUCAUCACAUUUAAGCA